UUGAUUGUUUUGGCAACUGUGUCCCUUAAUGAAAAUCGUGGUGGAUCGUCUGCUGGUCCUGGCUUUCGUAAUUUACUAAUUUUGACUUUCGUUCCAUGUUCGUUCGAACGUUCACCUUCUGACUUCAUGUUCCAUCAUGCCUCGAGCAAAAAGUGCAAAAACUUUAUUGGAACUGUCGAUAGCUCAUGUUGUUCAAAGCAUGAAUAAGUGGGAAUGGAAGCCAAUCGAGCUUUCAGACACCAUAUCAGAUUCAGAGCUAGUACAAAGUCCUUUACAUCAGCUACCUCUGCAUGUGCUGGAAAAAAUUGUGCAACAUCUCCAAAUGAAUUACUUGCUGAGUAAACACUUAAAAUGGGUCAUCACAUCUCAACUAAGUGAGCUUAUAUUAACCUCACAUGAUGAAAAAGAGAUUCAUGUACAACUUAAACAUGCUUCUAUCCAAUGUCCACUACUGAAAAAAUUGAAAUUGAAAACUUGGAAAAAGCCUGAUAUUGAAACAUCCAUCGUGCAAUUCCUUCCUAAAUUCCAACAAUUAGAGGUAUUGGAAAUUGCAAACACUACUGUGAGAGACAAUAGCUUAGAAGUUUUUGGAACUUAUUUCAAACAUCUAAGGGAGCUGGAUGUGAGUGGCUGCCAAGGUGUGACAGACAAUGGAAUUCAAAGAUUGUGUGGUGGAGCCCACCAUUUGGAAGGGGAAAGUAGAAGAAAAGAAUAUAUAUGGGAUUAUGGGAAGUGUAAGCUUAUCCAGAAAUUGCGCGUUAAGGGAACUAGUGUUACCAAAAAAGGAAUUCAAAUCGCUCUUCAAAACUUGCCUUCCUUGAAAGUUUUAAGUCAUGAGUUAGUUGUAGAAGUCUUGAGUAACAUUCAUCAAUCAGCACUGAAGAGUAACCUACCCUUAAUUCCCAAAUAUUCCUUAAUUAAAAUCGCUGUCGCUGGUCCGCAUACACAAGGAAGCUUUGGCUUAGCGCUCGCACUUUGCCCUUCAGUUAUCAAGGUCAAGAUUAAGGGGAUCAGCAGUGAUUUUCUUAAUAGUGACAUGUUGGAAUUAUUAAAACUUGCCAGUCUUCGUCACCUACAGAUAAAAUGUCCUUAUCGUUCUUAUCGUUCUAGUGUAACAUUUUAUGAUGGAGUGAUUCCAUUGCUAAAGGCCAAAGGAAAUCUUCUCGAGAGCCUGAAACUUGAGAUGUUCUCUGAUGUCGACAUUCAUUCUAUCAUUGAGUUCUGUCCUAAUCUCAAUUCACUUGUAAUUGAUGAUUGUAAAUUUUGCGAAAUUCCUGUUGAAGAAAAGGACAGUUUUGUGCGUUGGAAACGAAUCAAAAUCGAACCACCAAUUUUAAGAAAACUUGAAGUAUUGCGUUUGACAUUUUCGUCUUUUCAAUUCAAUGCCGAAGCCAUACUUUUGCAGCUCUUGUCAUCGCCCUCACUCAGGAUUCUUGAAAUUACUGGUUGUAGAGAACUUACGGAUGUUAUACUUGAAACAGUUGUGUUGCGUCAUCAUUUUCAAAAUUUGGAACAAAUAGCUUUAGCUUACUGCGAUUCUCUGACCAAAAAAGGAAUUGAUUUUUUGAUGAACGAUAACAACUCAAUCAAUAGAAUGGACAUAAAAUUUGAAGGCGAUUAUUCAGAACUUCUGACUGAUGAGAACUUUUAUGAAUGGGAAGAGAAAAGGAUACAGAAAAAUUGGCAAUUGAUUCUAAAUAUUAUGGAUGAUCGAGACUCAGUCUCAGUCUAAUCUCAUAAUUCGUGAGAUUUCGUUAUUAAUUAUUUUCCCUUUCUAUUGCGUUUGGUUGUAAUAUGCCCUUUGCCUGCUCAUUAUUGUCAUAAUGUUGAGGCUAGAAAAUAAAUCGGUCAAUUUUGAA